AUGCUGAACCCCCUUCACCUGCAGAUGAGUUUAGAAAACUCACUGAGUUCUGAUGCUGCUGUCACUUUCUCCAUCCUUGUGAUGAACAACUGGUACAAUUUCAGCCUCAUGCUGUGCCAGGAGGAGUGGAACAUCACAGAUUUUCUCUUCCUCACACAACAGAGCUCCAGGUUCCACCUGGGGUCCAUCAUAAACAUCACAGCAAACCUCACUUCAACCAGUGACCUUCUGAACUACUUGCAGUUUUACCUGGAGAGCAUCAAAGACACGACGUCGACCAUGGUGAUGUUUGGAUGUGACAUGGAGAAAACACGGAGGAUUUUUGAGAUAACCACGCAGUUUGGUGUGAUGCCUCCAGAGAUGCACUGGAUUAUUGGGGAUUCACAGAACGUGGAAGAGCUGAGGACAGAAGGUUUGCCCCUCGGUCUCAUUGCUCACGGCAAGACGACUCAGUCGGUCUUCGAGCAUUACGUGCAGGAUGCCAUGGAGCUGGUAGCCAGGGCUGUGGCAGCAGCCACCAUGAUCCAGCCUGAGCUGGCUCUCAUUCCAAGUACAAUGAACUGCAUGGACAUGGAUGAAAGGAAUAUCACUUCAGGCCAGUAUUUGUCAAGGUUUUUAGCCAACACAACUUUUGAAGGUCUCAGUGGCCACAUUAAGGUGAAGGGCUCAUCCAUUGUCAGCUCAGAAAAUAAAUUCUUCAUCUGGAAUCUGCAGCAUGACCCUGUGGGGAACCCCAUGUGGACACGCCUGGGGAGCUGGCAAGAGGGGAAGAUCAUCAUGGACUAUGGGAUAUGGCCAGAACAGGCACAGAGACAUAAAAGUCACAUGCAACACCCCACCCGGCUGCACCUGAGGGUGGUGACUCUAAUUGAGCAUCCUUUUGUCUUCACAAGGGAUGUAGAUGAUGAAGGUCUUUGUCCAGCAGGGCAGCUGUGCCUGGACCCACUGACCAAUGAUUCAGGUGUGCUGGACAAUCUGUUUGAAACCCUCCAAGGAGGCAAUGACACUGUUCCCAUUGAGCUGAAGAAGUGCUGCUACGGCUACUGCAUUGAUCUGCUGGAGAAGCUGGCUGAAGAUAUGAAUUUUGAUUUUGACUUGUACAUUGUUGGGGAUGGAAAAUAUGGCGCCUGGAAGAAUGGCCACUGGACAGGGCUGGUGGGAGAUCUUCUUGCUGGUACAGCUCACAUGGCAGUGACAUCAUUCAGCAUCAACACUGCCCGAAGCCAAGUGAUUGAUUUCACCAGCCCUUUCUUUUCAACCAGCUUGGGGAUCCUGGUGAGGACCAAAGACACUGCAGCUCCUAUUGGAGCCUUUAUGUGGCCACUUCACUGGACUAUGUGGCUGGGGAUAUUUGUUGCACUUCACAUCACAGCUAUAUUCCUCACCUUGUAUGAAUGGAAAAGUCCUUUUGGAAUGACCCCUAAGGGAAGGAAUAGGAACAAAGUCUUUUCCUUCUCCUCUGCCCUUAAUGUCUGCUACGCAAUUCUAUUUGGAAGAACAGCUGCCAUCAAACCCCCAAAGUGCUGGACUGGAAGGUUUUUAAUGAAUCUCUGGGCUAUUUUCUGCUUGUUUUGUCUGUCAACGUACACAGCCAACCUUGCUGCUGUCAUGGUGGGAGAGAAGAUCUAUGAAGAACUUUCUGGAAUACAUGACCCAAAGCUCCACCACCCAUCCCAAGGGUUCCGGUUCGGCACAGUGCGGGAGAGCAGCGCUGAGGACUACGUGAGGCAGAGCUUCCCCGAGAUGCAUGAGUACAUGCGGCGCUACAACGUCCCUGCCACCACCGAUGGGGUAGCCUACCUGAAGCAUGAACCAGAGAAACUUGAUGCCUUCAUCAUGGAUAAAGCACUCUUAGAUUAUGAAGUGUCAAUAGAUGCUGACUGCAAGCUCUUAACUGUGGGAAAACCCUUUGCCAUUGAAGGAUAUGGCAUUGGCCUUCCCCCCAACUCUCCGCUCACUUCAAACAUCUCUGACUUGAUCAGCCAGUACAAAUCCCAUGGUUUCAUGGAUGUUCUGCACGACAAGUGGUACAAGGUUGUUCCCUGUGGGAAAAGAAGCUUUGCCGUCACAGAGACACUGCAGAUGGGGAUAAAGCAUUUCUCAGGGCUCUUUGUGAUGUUGUGUGUUGGCUUUGGUUUGUCCAUUCUCACCACCAUUGGGGAACACAUCAUAUACAGACUGGUCCUGCCACAAAUCAAGAACAAAUCCAAGAUGAAGUACUGUCUCCAUACCAGUCAGAGAUUACAUCGUGCUCUGAACAGUUCAUUUAUUGAGGAAAAAUGUCAGCCUAAGAAGAAACAAGUAGAAAAGAGGGCCCAUGUGUGGAACAGCCAGCAUGCGGUGUGGAACACAGCCAACCUGGGCAACUGCCACCAAAAAAAAUACAUCUCCACCAAUGAGGGGCAAAAUGAGGUGACAAUCCAUAAGCACCAGGACAUCCCCCUGCCACAGGGGAGGAGAGAGACUCUGCUUUCCUUAACCACCAAUGGGAAAACAGAGUCCAUCAACACUGCAGAGACCUCAGUAGUGCAAGAGCUGACAGAGCUGGAGAAGCAGAUCGAAAUCAUCAAGCAGGAGCUGCAACUUGCCAUUGUCAGGAAAUCAGAGCUGGAAGAGUAUGCAAGGACAAACAGAACUGCAGAGUCCUAGACCAGCAUACCUGGGCCCUUCCCAUUUUCUUCCUUUCUCCCCUUCCUCUGUAAAAUUUGUAACACACUUUUGUAAUGCCGGAAAGGGGUGCAAAAAUAGAGCAGGCAAUAAGCUCUUUAAGCUCUUCAGGAAAACAGAAUUGCAGCAGCCCACUGCCACCCUCCUGAAUCCCCUUUCUUUCACAAAAUUUUUCUUACUCUCCUGGAAAGCAGCAGCCAUUCCCAAAGGACUAGAAAGACAAGGAGCAUCCCAAUGGGAGUUCCUCAUUUCUCCACCUGACAGUACAGUCAGGUUUCACAUUUUUAGCCCUUUCUGUGCAUUGAUU